AUGAUUCAUGAAAUGUGCUUUCAAGAAUUGAGUGAUUCGAUCUUGCCGGCACAUAACGGAGAGGUGGCAUUGAUGUUGGCCACAGGCAGUCCAUUUACAGAUGCGAUGACGAUAGCGGCAGCCCCGCAACAGGAUGUUUGGGGAAGCAGCUUAUUUUCUCUUCCUGAGUUGGGCACCGAUCUGCAUAGUGAAGUAAGUCAGCAAAACAUUGAGAAAAGUGGCAGUAACCUCAACUGCGAGUUACAGACUGCUUCUACUCAUGUAUGCAAUUUGGCGCCAGUUACAUUCAAAGAGGAGCAAAACACAACUCGUACAACGGAGUCGAAUACAACCUUUGGACCCACACCAAGCAUGCACUGCCUUUCCUUUGGCUCUGUUAAUGCGCAGUCGAACAUACCAUCGAUAGCAAAUAGUACCCCCAAUCCUCUGGCGUGCUCUAUGGUAUGUACCUCACAGGCCCCCCAACUCAGCUUUUCCUCGCUUAUGUCCAUCGGCAACACGACGGUGCCAGCUAAUAGCAGUAGCACCACGAAUUGUUUGGCAUAUCAACAGGCGUCUCCAGUCGCAACCGUGUCAAACAGUAUUCCCGCCUUUUUUACGACCGCGCAAAAUGGCGGUAAUGUUGUGAUGUUCGCGCCAAGUAACUCACAGCAAACAUUGUGCAUCCCCACACCAGUACCCACUAUGAUUCCUUACUACGUCAUUGCCCCGCCUCAGCAUACUGUUGAAGUGAACGGGACAAUGGCGUACUCUUCGUUGUCUACGGCGCCUCAGUCAAUGCCACCGGUAAUGUGCGGACCAUGGACCACGAACACGGGCUCCGUAGUGGGUUCUGGGGCACCAACCCCUGUCAGUGUAUCUUCAACCUCAGCAGUUAUGCCGCAGACAUUUGUGACAUCAGUCACCACAAAGCCUUCUCAGCCUGUUCCUUUCAGCUUUCCAUCCGGAGACAACAACCAGAAUUCGGCAAGUGCAUCCUCCAUUAUUCCGCUGUGCGCUGAUGGUUCCGGCAACCAAAAGGCUCCUCCGAGGGGCAGCCCGCCAAGUUACGACUCACUUCGGAUUCAGAUAACAAAACGUCGCCAACCAUCAGGAAGACAGCGCUCUGGCACCAAUGUUCAUGGAAGCCUACAGGGAAUUUGCUCAUAUUACUCUUACAACCUUUCGGCAGCGCUUAAACAAUAUGAGCAUCCAGAUUCCCAUGUCGCAAAGCCUGUGGAACAAGUUCUCCCUGUGUUUGUUCAAAUGUUUCCUUGUGAAUUGCGGGAUCGCACCAUUAUUGUCCUAAACCGCGUGGUUGAGGCGACAUGUGGACCUGAUAUUGCUACCGUUGUGGGUAUUGAGCCACGCUCCGAGACGUCGUUUAUCACUCUUAUUCGCACAAACGACGUUUGGCAUCUGAUCCACAAACUGCGCUGUCGUGUGUUGAUGGACCGUCAUGGUUUUUGGUACGCCGAGAACAUGGAGCAGUACCUGCGACUAAAGGAGUACUGCGAGAGUGUGCGACGGCUGCCGCAGCAGAUACGCCACUUUCAGACGGACGGGCUGCCGUGCAUGCCUUUGGUGGUGGAGCUGUCGCGGAGUGUGAACGCGGCGUCCGUGACGUCUCUUCCGGCCCCGCCAUCAUUUGACGAGGUGGCGCCGAUCGCAACGAUGGAACGACACGGGCGUGUUGCUACUUUGACGGGCAGUAAUGAGGACGGUUCCUCGUCCCCCCGGGAGACUGGCGAGGUUAUUAACGCAGCAGCCGUUCCUCUGCCGUGUGGGGUGGGACGGGUGUGA